AAAAAUCGCAGCAAUGAAUGAUACAACUCAGUCGUGUGAUGUUCAUAUUUUGUUCAAACUGUACUGGUGUUUACAAAUGGCCGCCGCCAAAUUUGUAAAUCUUCGUACUAAGUACCGUAGUGAUCUUGCACAUUAUAAAAAUGACACAGGCAGUACAAGAUAUUCUCCUGCCAGGAGUCGUUGAAUUGUAUGUGAAAACUACAGAACCUUCAGACAUUACAGAGCUUGGUUCACCAAGCUGGUUUGAUGCCCAUGAACGUCUCCAGAAAUUACAUCAACAAGCCAUUCUUGAAGCUCGGGAACUGCGGGAAGAAUCCGUGAAAGAAAUGAUGAUAUCCCAUAAUAAAAUACCUAUUCUUGUUCAUGAAGCUAUUUGUAUAUCUGUUUGGAGAGAAAAGGUUUUGCCACUGCUACUAAAAAUAACACCAGAGCCUAACAGUGUGUUUAUUCCAUAUAUGGUUCUUUUCCAUGAAGCUACUGCUAUUGAAUUUAUGGAGACAUUAGUCUAUCAUUCAGAAUGUUGUGAAGCUUUGGGCGAAAAUUCCCUUGAAUUGCUUGACUACUGUUCCUCAGCAAUCAUAAGACUCCUUGCCCAGAGUGAGAGAGAAGUUCCUGAGCCUUCACAGACUCUGAAUGCCUCUCAGGAUCUGGGACAGAAAGAGAUGACACUUGCCUUCAACAUUGGUAUAAAAUGUAUUUCCAUAAUUGGAUGCAUUGCUCAGCACCUGGACAGCUUGCCACUGAGUGCAACAUCACAUAUGUUUGUUAACCAUGAUAUCCCACUUCUUCUGGCAAACAUCAUUGAACAGAAACCAUGGAUUAAAGAUGGCCCAUCUGGUAAAACUCUCAAGUUUGAAGACUGCAAGUGGCAGGAGAUAAAGGGUGAAGAUAAUAUGAAAGUAACUCGUGCUGAGGCCCAAACAUGGCUUGCACUCAGACAACUUUUGUUGGAUCCUCGCUGCCCUGCACACUAUGACAUCAACGAGUAUCACAAGAAUCAGCUUCUUAAGCUUCAGUGUUUCCUACAUGACACACUUCUAGACCAGUUGUCGCCACUAGUAGAGCUGAAGUACUGGCUGGCAAAGUUGGCUUCAUCACAUCCCCCUCCUAUAACACGGCGUCCAUUACUGCUAGAAGUCGUGCCACAGAUCAAACAAAGACUACUUGAGAAGAAUAGCAAACGUUGGAAGAAGAUAGCAGCCAGGCAAGCAGAAGCAAUGUUCUGUGAAAAAGAAACCCACAUUAAAGCCAUCAUGAAAAGCUUGAAUGAAACAUAUGACCUGGACACACUAGAAGCACUGGUGCUUGGGCCACCAGUUUGUGUUGCCUGUGGAAAGCCUGCACCUAAGAAAUGUUCACAAUGCAAAGCUCCAUACUGUGGAAGGGAAUGUCAAGUCAAGGACUGGUCUAAACACAAGACACCAUGUGGCCUCGUUUCUUCACACCACAAGACAGGUGAUUAAAUGUGGAUGGCGAAGGAAGUGGCUGCUCUUUCAGCAAGUUCUGUAUCUAAUACAAAUAAGUCUUAAAUAGAUGCAUUUUGUGAGUACUACACUGUCUCAAGAAUAAUGUCCAAUUUUAAUGUCUACAAGGUCCUUUACUUGUAUAUUGCAUCCUGAUUUUAUUGUAUUAACAAAAAUGUAUUUACUUUGUAUUGUGUACCCCUUUUUAACAAGGCUUUCAUCAUUGUGUGUUCUUCAAAGAGGAACUUAAAAAUUUGAAUAAAUCAUGUAUGAUUGAUUGCUAUUAACUAAUGUCAAUCCAGCCUAAUUUCAAAUACAUACCACUGAUAUCAAU